AGGCAAUACAAAAUUCCAUUCCAUCGCACCUGAGAGGGCUUCAUCGACACCAGCCUUCACUUUGAUGAGAUAAUUCUCCACACUGCUUGUUUUGAACGCUUUUUACAUAUCGUAACGAAGCCAGAAAGGUGAGGGAUUGCGGGAGUAGCAACAGGUAGAGUCGCUCCUACAUUCCUUGGAACAACAACGACGCGUUAGUUCUAAGGAAGGACUACGGAAGUUACCUGCCUGAUCAAAGGAACUCGUAGGCCCCAAGAGGACGGCAGGGACUUGUUAUUUUUUUACGUUUUUUAUUUUUCAUUUUUUGUUUUACAUUCAAUUGUUAUCCAGUGCGUGCUAAUCAUGUCUGGUCACAGGAGACAGCCCAGCAUAGAGCUACUGGAAUUAAUGGGAGUAGUUAGAGAGAAUGGCAAUGAACAGAUGUCACUUCCUCCCGUGAAACAGAAUACGCCGCUCUCAUACGACUACGUCCUGGUGGCGAAAACGAGAGAGCACCAUGAUCGAGAGGCCAUCAAGAAGCAAAACGAAUUCAUUGAAGAACUGAAAAAGAAGAAUUUUAAAGUCACAAAAAUCAUAGACGAUGACCUGGUCUUCUUUGGCAUGCAAGCUCCGAAAGAGAUUUUUGAGAAGUACAGAUAUCUGCUGAAAGUUUCUGAUGCCUGCAAUUGGAGCUCAGACCAGAACUACGUGCCUCUCAGCACCAGGAUAAGGGUUGUACACUUCAUCUUGAAUCACACCCCCAUUAACUCAGGAGAGGCUCUCCGAGACCUCAUGAAGAUGAAGGUUUUUGAGGCGAAGUUCUGCCUACAUGAGAAAAAGAAACAGCGAGAGCUGACAGAGAGCUGGGCUCGAUGGACUGCUUGUUUCCAAGGGCAACCCAUAACUGCUGUCAGGAACUACUUUGGGGAGAAGGUGGCCUUGUACUACCUGUGGCUGGGCUGGUACACAUACCUGCUCAUCCCUCCCGCUCUCAUCGGGGUCAUUGUCUUCCUCUAUGGCCUCGCCUUCUUCAACACGUCGCCCCUCAUAAAGGAGGUCUGUGAGGCUGACACAGUCAUGUGCCCACUUUGUGACAAGAGAUGCAAAGUGUGGCUGCUCUCAGACACAUGCACCUAUGCCAAGGUGAGCCUACUGUUUGACAAUAAUGGCACCGUUCUCUUUGCCAUGUUCAUGGCAGUGUGGGCCACACUGUUUUUGGAGUUCUGGAAAAGACAUCGAACAUCCUAUGUGUGUGAAUGGAAGGUGUCUGAUUGGUGUGAGGAGGAGGAGGAACUAAUCUUGGAGAUUGUCAACAACGUUAACUGUGAACCCAAAAAGUACAAGCACUCCUAUCUGCGCAGCACACUGGUUUUGAUCUGUGUCACAAUCAUGAUACUGGUGAUCAUCGGUCUGACACACGCACUGGUGGUGUUCAGGGUGAUUGCAGCAGUGCUAUUGGCUGAGGGAUCAUGGGAGUUCCUGAGUACGCACUCCAACAGUGGAGCCAUGAUGCUGGGCGCUGUCCUCCAUUACCUGAUCAUCACCGUUAUGACACGGGUCAACAGGAUUGUGGCCAUGAAACUUUGCGAAAUAGAGAAAACCAGAUCAUUUGCUGCAACGGAGAAGAGUUUCACAGUCAAGAUGUUCACCUUUCAGUUCUUCACAUAUUUUUCCUCACUCUUCUAUGUAGCCUUCUUCCUCGGCAGGAUAAAUGGUCAUCCUGGUGGUUAUGUGCGCAUUGCAAGUAAAUGGAGGUUAGAAGAGUGUCACCCCAGUGGAUGUCUCACAGACCUCUUUAUCCAAAUGGCCAUCAUAAUGGUACUCAAACAAACCAUCAGCAAUGUCUUUGAGUUCACCGGCCCGUGGUUUGGCAAGUGGUUGAAGAGGAAACGAACUCACAAGCUUCGGAGGAAAUGUGCCUACUGCUACCUAAAAGACGACUCUACACACGGCGAGCUGUGCGAGAACUGCAAGUUGCGAGAUUGGCUCAGUAACUACCGCCUCAACGAUGUGGACUCUUUCAGCCUCUUCAAAGAGUUCCUGGAGAUGGUUAUUCAGUUCAGCUUCACCACCAUAUUUGUGGCAGCGUUUCCACUUGCUCCUCUGCUGGCCCUCAUCAAUAACGUCAUUGAGAUUCGCUUGGAUGCCAUUAAGAUGGUCACCUUGGAACGCAGACUGAUUCCCAAGAAGACAAAUGAUAUCGGUGUGUGGAUCAAUUUGCUGGAGGCUAUCGGAGUCUUAGCUGUGAUUGCAAACGGCCUGGUCAUCGGUGUUUCUUCAGACUUCAUCCCCCGAUUGGUAUAUCGUUACCUUUACGGCCCGUGUUCCAACGGCACGACGGCAGAUAUUGAUUGCAUGGUCGGCUACAUAAACAACUCUCUAUCCAUUGCAACGAUGGAUAAACCAGAAAUCCGCAGGGAGUUUUCAUCUGAUCAGAUGGUCACUCCUAAUGGAUUGAAUGUCUCCUACUGCAGCUACAAAGACUACAGGGACAAUGUGGACUACAACCUUACUCCACAGUUCUGGCUUAUUUUAGCUGUGCGCUUUGCAUUUGUCAUCCUGUUUGAGCACAUUGUGGUCAUAUGCAAAUUUAUCGCAGCCUGGUUCGUCCCAGCAGCCCCCAUGGGGGUCAAAAAUGACAGACUCUUUGAUAAGCUCAAAAGACUAAAAGAAGAGCUCAGGUCGUUUGAUGAGAGCCAGCGCUGACACUAAUGGAGUGAAUUUUCCCACAAUGGAAUGUGAACCCAGUGUUGCCUUGCGCAUUCAAGUGUCCCAUUGAUCACAGUGUUGAGUCAACUUCCAAGCCAUAAAUCACCUUGAAGUGUUCAGAUAGAGGCCUCCGACUCUUUGACUUUUAUCAUUAUUGUGAAUACAGUCAUAUGAAUAUAUAUGAAGAAUGUAUUCUUCGACAAAACAACUGUGCAUUCAUUCAUUUUGCCGUUGUGUUUCAUGAGAUUGUUUGUGUUCUAUUCUAAGAAUGCACUCCAUUUUCUGAUUGAUCUCAAUAUUUGUGACUUUUGUCGUACUAGCCUUAUGGUAAUUUAUACUGCUGGUGCACAUUUGCUACUGAUUGUUUUACAAUGUUGCCUUAUAUUGUGAAGUGGUUAUUGCCAUUACUGCAGCAAGACUGACAGAAGGCAGAAAAGCAUUUUACAUUUGAUGUUUUAUAUUGAUAAAGAGAGGAGUGUCACAUCCUCACGGAAUGUCUUUAUAUUUAAAGUUGUCUUUGAAUGUGACCAUUAAAACAUGUUCAGAAUGUAUGCCAAAUUUCACAAUUUUGACUACAAACAAUUGCAUGAACUGUAAGUCUACUUUUGUCUGAGCUUUUUUCCCCCAAUCUGUUAUUGUUUAUCAGUGUUAUUUGAUUGAAUUAUCAUACUGGCGCUACCAUUCAGGUCAUCUAUAAUAGUGAGCUCUUCUCACUCUUGCUUAAUUAAUCAGCUUUGUAUUUGUCUAGAAUAUUCUAAUCAUUAAUCUAAUUCAACAGCAUGUGAGCUUUCCCACAAGGGAAAAUAACAUCCUGGACCAAGUCUACUGCAACAUGAAAGGUGCUUUGAAGGCUGUUCCAAGACCCCACUUUGGAAAGGCUGACCACAUCUCUAUAUUCCUUUAUCCAACAUACAGACAACUUCUUAAAAAAGCUCCCCCUGUACGUACAGCAGUUAAAGUAUGGAAUGAAGAAACUGAUCAAGUACUCCAGGACUGCUUUGGCUGCACAAACUGGGAUGUGUUUAAAACUGCAGCGGGGAGGGAAGAUUGUACUGUUGAUUUGGAUGAAUAUGCUUCUGCUGUUACUGGCUACAUUAGCACAUGUAUAGAGACUGUUACCACCACCAAGUAUUACAGAAAAUACCCUAACCAAAAACAGUGGAUGAACUGUGAUGUAAGGGCUAAGCUACGUGCUCGUUCGACUGCAUUUGUCAUGGGCACCGCUGAUGACUACAAAAAGGCCAGAUAUGACCAGAGGAGGUCCAUACGAGAGGCCAAAAGACAGUACAGACAGAAGCUGGAGGGCUACUAUUCCACCUCAGACCCUCGGCGCAUGUGGGCGGGGCUCCAGCACAUCACAGACUAUCGACAGCAAAGUAGCGUAGCCACGUCCAGCCAAACCACACUUCCUGAUGAGUUGAAUGAGUUCUAUGCCCGCUUUGACACCCA